AUGUACUUUGUCCCACUGGACAAGGGUCCUAUUCGAAAUGGCCUCCUCACGCACCACUCGAGCGCAUUCGGAAUUUUUGAGCAAGUAUUCUUACAAAAUGUUACUCCAACGAUCAUACACCACAUCCAACAGAUCGACAAUUUCCUGCGAGAAAUGAAGCAAGCCGCCCCAAAGAUGAAGCUGAAGGUGCCCGAGAUCGCCCACGCGGUCUCGGACCCGGAGAUUGCAGGCUCCGGCCUCGUCACAUCAUCCAACCAUUACACGAAGUCGUCGGUCUUUGUCAGGAGAACGAGCGUCAGUAGGAGAAUCCGUCGCGGGGCUCGUGCCCGACGAUCGACCGGAACAGCAUCGUGA